GUCUUUUCUUUUUCCCUUUUCUUCUUCUUUUCAUAAAAGGGAAGAAGAAAGAAAGGCUUUCUUAACAUCUUUCUAAAAGAGUAUCAAUGAUGGACGAAAGUGAAAUUGACCGCAUUUAUUCACAACAGCUACACGAUGAGUUACAGAGUCAAACAAAGACGGCUGUAACACAGUUGAUUGAACUUUAUCCAGAGAUAUUCGGUUUGGACAGAUUGAUUGCCCCAAAGAAUCAAUACAUCCAACAGCAGACAUUGAAUGAGGCUAUAGCUCAGACAGUUAGAGAUACAUGCCUUGCUUAUAUCGAAAGCGGUGUUGAUUUUGAUCAUGCACUUGAUUGGGUACUCGUUUGGAGACAACAACUGUCGUUUAAGUCACUGAGUGAAAAAUACGGACAAGAGCAGGUCAUUGCAUCUAUUGGACAUCCUCGAGCGCGUAAAGCGGUUCAACAUAUCUACCAAGAGGGCCUUGACAAGUAUAUGCAGUGGUUCCCAUGGUCAUGGUUUUCGAGAAUGCAAUUCAUCGGUGCUGGAGGAUUCUCAGCUGUCUAUUCUGUCACAAUGACACCUGCAUACGAUUUCCAGCCUGUUAAGAUGGCAUUAAAAAUUGUGGAUGACAAGAUAUUGAACGAGAUCUCUGUUCAGUCCAGAGCUUUCUUGCCUUUACUCUUUCAAGGCUUAACUGUAUGUGAAACAACUGGGGAUUUAAUGAUGGUCAUGAAAUUCAGCAACGAUGGUAAUCUCGAAGAUCACAUGGCACAGCUACCCUUGGGAGACCUCGACCUCAAGACAAUCACAGGUACUAUCUUACGUCUUGCAGCCAAUUUGGCUGAUUUGCAUAAAGUGGGUAUAUGCCAUCGUAACGUGCAUCCGCGCAAUAUUGUAUGCACAGAUUCAGACUAUUUUUUGGUCGACUAUCGAUUUGCCACGCCUGCACGGGAAUCCUCCUCGGUCACGGCUAUUACAAAGGCUGUCUACGGACGACUUCCCUACGUAGCCCCAGAGGUUCGUCAGGGGGUAUAUACAGAGAAAUCAGACAUUUACAGUCUAGGCGUGAUUAUCUGGCAGUUGGUAAGCAAAGUCAUCUUUCCUUCGUCCGAUGUCUUGCUAGACGGCAACCAUAAGAAUGGAGCACCAGAAGAUCAUGUUUAUCGUGUUGAACCUGUACCAGGAUUGCCAGAGUGGUAUCAGAGACUGUAUGUCGCUUGUAUGGAGCCACGGCCAGAGAACCGACCAAAUGCAAAUGAUAUAUGUACAGCACUACAACCCAUUCAUGACGCACUCGAAUUUUCUGUACCCUUGGAUCGUCGAGUGACAGGAUACAUUGUGGCUCGAAGAGCUGAAGUUGCGGAUCAUUUACGAACUUAUGCCAAGGUGAAAGGAACCAUUUCGGAUUCGACAACACGUCUAUAUACCCUUUCGAGCUUGCCUUCAACACAGUCGUUUAUCUUGCUGCCGUUUGAAAGUCAGCCUUUCAACACGGUGUGGAAUUCUAAUAGUUGCGUCCUUGAUACCUUCUCUCUCUCUGCAUAUAUUGACACGUCGUCUUCUUCAUAAGGCUUUCUUUUUUUUUUUUUUUUUU